ACAGCAGAAAGAUUGGAGCAUCUUGCCAUAAGUGGUACCAUGGAGUUGUCACCUAUUGUCACUCAACCACAACGUCACUGUGCCACAAGGAGUUUUGAGUGGCAGACAGAACUCUGUGACUGCGGCGAUGACUGUAACAUCUGUCUGUGUGGAGCCUUCUGCUACUGUUGCCUGGGUUGCAUAAUUGCCAAAGACAUGGACGAGUGCUGUUCCUGUGGUCCUACUGUGGCCAUGAGGACACGCUAUCGGACGUUGUACAGGAUUCCGGGAACGAUCUGCUCAGACUGCCUCACAGUCACUUUCUGCGGUCCCUGUAACCUUUGCCAGCUCAAGAGAGAUAUCAAAAGGAGGAAGCAGUUAGGGAUUUUCUAGGUUGGUCAGAGAGAAGCAGGAAACUUGAAGAAGGAUGGAUUCACGCCCAGCUCCUUAGGACCUCAGUAGAUCUUCUGCAAAGUUCUGCCUCAUAGAAGCUCGAUUCUCACUACCAGCAGGAUUCCCACAGGGCUUGUUUGCUUUGGGCUUAGCGUUUUGUGAUUUGCAUUGUGGUUUGCAGGUUGUAAUUUAUACUAUGUCAGCAUGUGGUUUUUACUCAGCAAAUUGUGCCUUAUUUAAUAAACCAGACUAAUGUGUGAGACUGUUGUCCAGAGCUAAGUGUUCAAACUCUCUUUGGGGACAACAUUUUAAGUGUAUAGGAUGGAAAACUUUGGGGGAAAGCCAUUAGAAUUAGCUAUCGAGCUCAUUUGUUACUGUUUGGUCAAGAUGCAGACAUUGAUCACUGAAAUGCAUCUUCCAUGUGAAAAAAAUAAUAAUUAAGGUUCAUGUAGGAGAUGAUCAGGCUGCGCCCAAGAGAGAGUACACUGGUUAUUAGUACUUAGUAGUAUCAUACAUCCUUACAAUACAAGACAACAAGCUCUCAUUCAGCUAUGGUCAAGGAUGCUGAACAACUAGACCAG